AUGUUGGCUCUCGCGUGUGUUCAUCUUGUGCGAAAGGCAGCUUCGCAUCCAGCUUGGGCUCUUCACAUUGUGAGAUGGCUCUACCUGGGUCGUUCGUCCAGUCGGAAGGUGCGAUUCGAGCAGAACUGUGUGAACCGAACCACGUUGCCGCUAGGAAUGGGUCGCUUCUUGGGUUCGAGGCGUCCAUUGCACGUGCUGCAAGUGCGACCACUGUCCAGUUCUGCUCAAAUGACGCAGAUCGUUGUUGCUGUCGAGACGAUUAGUCCAGUGUCGACCACUGCGCAGGCAGGUAACAAUCGCGCAAAGGAAGUUGGCGAUGCCGUCCAUCAAGCAGCCAAAGCGGCUCAAAGUGCACUGGACGACUUGCUAGAUGAACUCGAGGGAUCAAGCGCUGGCAGAGGAAAUCAAGAGAGUGACGACGACCACCUUGCAGAUCUGAUACACUCAAGCUCUUUCCGAGACGCUCUGGUCCGUCAGUUUGGUCGUGCGAAUCUGUUCGACGGAGCGUUGUCCUUCAGUAUGGUGAACGUGUCGAUGGUCGAACCUCCCUUCACCUCAACUCGAGCGGUGGCGUGUCCUCCAGGAACGUUCUUCUCGGUCAUUGACAAUGAACGAGUGUGUCUGCCGUGCGUCAUCGGGUCGUAUUCGCGUCCGAGUGGCGCGUUGCAAUGUGAUCCGUGUCCAAGACGCACCUUUUCGUCAGAAAAAGGACUGGACAAGUGCAAACCGUGUCCACUCGGUUCUGACGCUCCACCUGGCGCUUCGUCCUGCGUCGAGUGCUCGUGGUUCACGUACGAGUGCGAAGGUUUCUGGCAAGACGUGAUCGUUGCCGUGUGCGUUGGUGCAGCGCUAUUGCGUCGACUCUACCAGAAGAUACAGAAGCUGUGCGCGGGUGACCAAGCUGCGCAACAGCAAGACGAGAGCGUGGCGUUGAUGACAGCCGUGCGAACUCAUGGUCGCACCUUCGACGGUGUGCGGUAUGCGCCGAUGGGCAUGGUUUCAGCUGAUGCGAUGUUUGGCGGCUUUUCCGAUACGGACAACCGAUGCACCUAG